CGUCCGUGCAGCACUGACUGCAGAGGAUGAGCUCAGCUGACUGUCUGGCUGUUAUUAUGUCCGCGAACGGGCGCCGCCAACACCCAAACACAGUGCGGCAAAACAGGCGAGUGUCGCUCAGCAUCGUCUCUAAUGAAUGAGAGCUCAGGAAGAAACAUGAGUCACGAAUGAGGUCUGCAGGAUCAUGUCUUUUAAGAAGGAAACACCCCUGGCUAAUGCUGUGUUUUGGGCAGCGAGGAAGGGGAACUUGGCCCUACUUCAGCUGCUGCUCAACAGUGGACGUGUGGACGCAGACUGCAGAGACAGUUAUGGAACCACGGCGCUGAUGGUGGCGUCGUACAGCGGCCAUUAUGAGUGCGUCAAAGAGCUCAUCAUGCAGGGAGCUGAAAUCAACUACCAGAGAGAGACAGGUUCCACCGCCCUGUUCUUCGCCUCCCAGCAGGGUCACAAUGACAUUGUGAAGCUCCUCUUUGAAUUCGGUGCCUCCACUGAAUUCCAGACAAAGGACGGUGGCACGGCUGUCACUGUCGCCUCUCAGUACGGACACUCCAAGGUGGUGGAGACUCUGUUGAAGAAUGGAGCCAACGUUCAUGACCAGCUGAAUGUGAGCCCCUUUGCAUCAGACCACUUUCAGACCUGUCUCCUCCCACUGUCAGUACCUCUGUCUAUCAGGAACAUGAUGGAUGGUGCCACCUCUCUGUUCCUCGCUGCCCAGGAGGGUCAUGUGACCGUGAUUCGUCAGCUGCUUUCAAAUGGUGCCAAGGUUAACCAAGCGAGAGAGGAUGGCACUGCCCCCCUGUGGAUGGCAGCUCAGAUGGGUCACAGUGAGGUGGUGAAGGUGCUUCUCUUACGUGGUGCCGAUCGGGAUGCUGACAGACAAGAUGGAUCAACAGCGUUAUUCAAAGCAGCUUUUAAGGGACACAACAGCGUCAUUGAGGAACUUCUCAAGUUUUCUCCCUCACUUGGCCUUCUCAAGAAUGGCUCGUCUGCCCUUCAUGCUGCUGUUAUGGGUGGAAAUGUUCGGACUGUUCUUCUGAUGCUUGAGGCCAACGCAGACCCGACAUUACCCAACAAGAAUAAUGAACUGCCUGCAGAUCUUACAAAGAGCGAUCGCAUCCUAAAGUUAUUACAUCCAAAAAUCUUAAAUGGAGGCAGCUGAUGACCACCCGUCAGAGUCAUGCCUGCCUGUACCACACUGAUGAUGUGCACCGAGGGGAAAAGAAAACAACAACACAGUGUCAAAUCUACUCAACUACAAUAUGUACUGUACAUGGUGCUUGCUUCUGAUUGCGGCUGAAAUUAAGCUGUCAUAUGUUGAAUAAACCUGGACUAAAUCUAGAGCAACACAGUGUGCAACCAAAAUGCAUUUGUCUGCCAUGUGCAUCAUCACCUUUACGCUGUUGUUUUACAGUAUAUGCAUUUAUUUUUGUUUACCCCAGGUGUUGUAAGAUUUCUAGAUUUUUUGCACACUUUUUGUUUGCCUUUUUAAUAGAUGUAAUAAAGUGUAAAUUUGUUAUUCAA